AUGAUGGAAUCAAAUAUAAAAUACAUCGGAGUCGGUAGAUCAGGAGAAGGUCUUAUAAUUGCUACCUAUGCAAAUGAUAGAAAUCUCAGAGAUACUCCACGUAGUGAGCUGCAACUUAAAUUUAAAUGAUUAAACUAGUCAUAAGCAGAGUGUCCGGAUGGUCCGGAUAUGGGAAGACCAUGUGGUAGGCAAAACCUGUCUAGCCCAUCCGGCAGGGACAGUAAAACCUACAGGGGUUUAAAAAAAAACUUCCCCCUUCGACAAGGCCCCAAACCUGAAAGCCUCCUUCAAAAAUGAACAGAGGCCCUAUUUUCAGCAUUAUCAGGAUGGAUCCUAUCUGCCCCAUAGGGCGUGCGCUUCGAAGUUCAACGUCACGAUUUUAUUCUAUCAUGAGCUGCAAGGAAUUCUUAUGAAUGAGUCAGAUGGCGAUUGGCGGACAAGAGUAGGAUCUGAGCAUGGAACAUGAUUUGCUAAAGGAGACUCAAAUAAAAUCUGUUAUCUUGUAUUGGCACGCAAUGGAUAUCCUGAUCGUUAUGCAACAGCUCUUCUUGACGAACUAGAGCGUCUGUUUACAAAUCAAGGAACUGACGUAUUAUUAACAUGCCCAGCAGAUGCAUAUACCAAAGUAAUGGGAGGAGAAAUGAGAAAUCUUGCAAUGAAAUAUGAAGAUCUCCGCAAUAUUGAUAAACUUUAUACUGUAUUCUGCAUUUUAUUAAAUUUAAUAUACAGAUUAUCUAUAAUAAUUCAUCAGUUUUCAGCAAAAUUUGCUGUUAAAAUCGGGAUGACAGGAAAAAACCCCUAGGGUUUUUUCCUGUCCCUUUUUUUUCUGAUGAAAAUGACUGAAAAGUAGAAUUCCUGGAAUUUUCCAGGAAAAAACCCCAACGGUAAUUUUUGAAAAAUUUGCAAACCGUACAGGAAAAAAAACCCAUCCUCAAAAAAGUCCAUUAUCGAAUUAAGGUCAUCAUAAGUAGAUAUAAAGCCACAAAAAUUCAACUGCAAAGACUAAUCACAUAAUCAAUUCUAAACUCUUAUUAUCAAAGAGAAAUGAAUAAAUUAAACAAAUAGCAUCUAAAUUAACACUUGAUUUCAACAGUAGUAAUUUUUUGAUUCUCAAAAACAGCAUGAAAAAAACCUUAAUAAAAAACAAAUCAUUAAUACAAUUGCAUAAGAGAGAGUCCUCAAAAUGAGUGAUAAUAUAGGAAAAUAGAUAUAUACAGCAAGAAUACAUCAAAUGCUUGAUUAUUAGAAUCAAAACUCAUAAUAAAAUAUAAUUGUUAUAUGAUAUUAAAAAGUAAAUAAAUAGGAAAAAAAAUUACAGGAAAAAACCCUCAUUAGAAAUUUUCGCUAAAAAUUUCCAGGAAAAACCCCUAGUGAUGUUUAGGUACCGAAAAAAUUGCAGGAAAAAACCCCAAUGGGUGGUAAAAUCCUGGAAAAUUCCAGGAAAAACCCCUGACUUUCCCCCAUUAUAUUUUUUUAUGUAAAAAGUUUUGAUAUAAGUUAAAUGUUUCUUCUUAACUAAAAUUAUGAUUUAGUUAUAUCUUGCUCUUCUUUAUAGAAGAGAGCAUAAAGAGCAUCUUAUUUAAAUAAAUUUAUAUCCUUAAUUGCUAAAUUUUUUAAAACAAUUUCAAUAUUUUUUUUAAAAAUUUUUAUUUUUUUAGAUAAAAAUAACAUUUUUUAUCUAAAUCAUUUUGAUAUAUAAAUUCAAUGCGAAUUCUUUAAAAAACCUCAAUAUUUAAUUUAUUUCUUGCUUUAGUUUAAGAAUAGAGUAUAAAUAACAUUUUAUUUAAACAAAAUAGCAUUUUGAUUAAUAAAUUUUCUAAAAUGUCUUUUAUCAAUAAAAAUAAUAAUUUUUGCGUAAAUAGUUUUGAUACCAAUUAAUAGUGUCACAUUAACUAAUAAUUAAAAUUUAGUUAUAUCUUGCUUUUUGUAAUGGAUAAUGACUAAAUAGCAUUUUAUUAAACAAAUUUAUUAAUCUAAUUCGAUAAAUUUUUGAUUAUUUUUUUUAAUUUUUUAUAAAUAAUUUUUUAAAAUUUUCUUAACCCCCUUUAAAAUUGGAACAAAAUUUUUUGUUCCAAUUUAAAGGGGGGGAGUGGGAAAGUUCGUUUGAAAAAUAAUAAUUUAAAAUCCUCUCAACUAAAAGGUUAAGAAAUCUAGCACCGUUUUAUAUAUAAAAAUUAAAAUACAAUAAAAAUAUGAAAUAAAAUGAGAUAAAUGAUUACGCUAUGAUACCAUUUAUCCCAUUUUACUAUUUCAACUAUUUCUCACAUAUUGUACCCAGCAGAUCUUUGCACUAGCUAACCUUGUAUCAUCAUGUACCAGCUCACCUUGUACCACCUAUAGCAUAUCUGAACUAGCUCAUCUUGCAUCAACCUGCAGCACAUCCUGCAUGGCUUGAAAACAUAUUUUGAUCUCUAUGAAACAAUACCUGAAGAGGUACAGUAGCUUUCUGAAAAGUCAAAAUGAAAAUAAUGGCAUUUUUAUGAGAAGUACAGAUUUGGCUUGACGAAUAUUUUCAAUAGAAUCCGUUUGUCUAGCCAAACGCUAGUUUAAAAUGAAAAUAGCAAACUUUAGCAGCUAAUAUUGUAUCCACCUGUGACAUAUCCUGUUUAGUUCAUCUUUAAUCAGCCUGCAGCGCAUCCUGUACUAACUCACUUUUUAUAAACCUGCAGUAUACUCACUCUGUACUAGCUCAUCUUGUAUGCACCUGUGACAAAUCCUGUACUAGCUCACCUUAUAUCAAACUGCAGCUAGGUUUAAGAGCUAAUAUAAUCAAGGUGUAACAAUACCUAGAGAGUAAAAGUAGUGAUCUAAAAAGAUAAAUUUAAAAAUGAUAAAGACCGCUUUCAUAAAAAAUUCACGUUUGGCUUGAUUAACAAAGCCUAUAGAAACUAUUUGUCAAACGUAAUCUGUAUUAUAUAAAAUUGAUAUUUAUCAUUAUCAUUUUGACAUAUCAGAUCGCUACUUUACCUCUUGAGGUAUUGUUUCAUAGAGAUCUAAAUGUGUUUUGAAGCUUUGCACCCGAUAAUAUAUUACUUUGCAUCACCUGUGAUUAAUCCUGAGCUCGCUCUUUCGCAAUCUAUAGCACAUCUUGCACUAUAUAGCACUAUAUAGCUCACCUUGCACCACCUGUGACACAUCCUGCACUAGCUCACCUUGUGCUAGAUGACUUAACCUUUUAGUGAAGGGUUUUUAAAUUAUUAUUUUCUAAAUGAAUUUUUAUAAUUUUCUCAGGGGUUUUUCCUGGAAUUUUCCAGGAUUUUACCACCAUUGGGGUUUUUUUCCUGCAAUUUUUUCGGUACCUAAACAUCACUAGGGGUUUUUUCCUGGAAAUUUUUAGCGAAAAUUUCUAAUGAGGGUUUUUUCCUGUAAUUUUUUUUCCUAUUUAUUUACUUUUUAAUAUCAUAUAACAAUUAUAUUUUAUUAUGAGUUUUGAUUCUAAUAAUCAAGCAUUUGAUGUAUUCUUGCUGUAUAUAUCUAUUUUCCUAUAUUAUCACUCAUUUUGAGGACUCUCUCUUAUGCAAUUGUAUUAAUGAUUUGUUUUUUAUUAAGGUUUUUUCAUGCUGUUUUUGAGAAUCAAAAAAUUACUACUGUUGAAAUCAAGUGUUAAUUUAGAUGCUAUUUGUUUAAUUUAUUCAUUUCUCUUUGAUAAUAAGAGUUUAGAAUUGAUUAUGUGAUUAGUCUUUGCAGUUGAAUUUUUGUGGCUUUAUAUCUACUUAUGAUGACCUUAAUUCGAUAAUGGACUUUUUUGAGGAUGGGUUUUUUUUCCUGUACGGUUUGCAAAUUUUUCAAAAAUUACCGUUGGGGUUUUUUCCUGGAAAAUUCCAGGAAUUCUACUUUUCAGUCAUUUUCAUCAGAAAAAAAAGGGACAGGAAAAAAACCCUAGGGGUUUUUUUCAGGACAACCCUUAAAAUCAGUUGAUUGCAGGAUAAAUUCCCAAGUCUUAGAAGUACAGAAUAUUGCACAAGCAGGAAUUCAACAAGUUUUACGAAAUACUGAAGCUGCUGAAGUGGUGUCUGCAAAAGCUCAAAGUUUAGAAGGUAACGCAAGAGUAUUUCAAAACGAUUCAAAAAGAUUAGAAAGAAUGAUGUAUUGGAGAAAGGUGAAAAUUAAUUGCAUUUUGAUUUUUGUAGUGAUUGCGAUUAUUCUUUAUAUCAUAAUACCAAUCAUAAUCACCCAAUCAAACAAGUAA